CUCAGCUACCAACACGUAGUCAUCUGCUUCGUUCUGUGCAUCUUCCAGGUAUUAUUCAUAUUUUCAAAACAUAAUCACGCUUUAUCAUCUGCCGCCGAGCGGUUAAUAUGCACAGAUUUCUGAAAUAACCAGUGCAAGCCACUUCGAGUUGGCAGCGCACACUCUGUAAUACUGGUUGCGCCAGGAAUUAGUCUGUAUGGUGUACGCCACAACGCAAAUAAGAAACCCGACCCCCAAGAUUGAGACGUCGCGGCCGGUCUGAAAACGUAAAAAGCCUAGCUACAGAAGGACCAGGUCUGAUCUGACUAUGUGGCGACAAGCCUUUGCAGCUAUGCUGCUGGCAGUAAGCAUUGGCUACUUCUACCACUCGAACCCUGCGUUUCCAGAGGUGGCUGUGCGCUACCUCACCAAAACCCUUCAGUCCCUGUCCAGCUGCCUUCAGGGAAGCUCCAGCACUGCUACCAUUGAGCAGACCAUCUCCUCAGCCUGGGACACACUCAUCACUGCCCCAGCCACGCAGUGGACCAGGGUGGCUGUGGGAGUGAACACCUGCGUGGAUGUGGUGGUAACCGGGGUGGGGCUGCUGCAAGCGCUCGCUAUUGAUCCCGGCACAGGGCUGGAUCACGAGGUCCUGCACUCCAAAGAGGACCUCAAAGAAACCUUCAUCCACUACAUGGAGAAGGGGGCGGCCACUGAGCGAUUCUACAGUGACAAGGAGUCGUUUCAGCGGAUAGCAAGGGCGGCUUCCGAGUAUCCCGGGGCUCAGCACUUUGUGGGUGGAAACGCAGCUCUGAUUGGUCAGAAGCUGGCAACCAAUCCCCACGUGACGGUGCUGCUGUGCGGGCCGGUCGGACCCAAACUCCAGGAGCUGCUGGCUGAUCAGAUCAUUGUCCCGGCUGAGUCUCUGCAGGGGACUGAUGAGUACCACCUCAUCCUGGAGUACAAGGCAGGAGAUAAGUGGGGCUCGUCACAGGCACCCAAUGCAAACCGCUUCAUCUUUUCACAUGACAUGUCCAACGGGGAGAUGAGUACACUGGAGACCUUCGUGGGGAGCAUGGAGGAGUUCCAGCCCCAGCUGGUGGUGCUGUCCGGGCUGCACAUGAUGGAGGGCCAGGGCAGGGAGCUCUGGGAGGAGCGUCUCAAAGAGGCUGUGGUAACCAUCUCGGACAUCCCCAAUGAGGUCCCUAUCCACCUGGAGCUGGCCAGCAUGACAGACAAGGACUACAUGAACAGCAUCAUGCGAGAGCAGGUUCUGCCCAUAGUGAAUUCCAUUGGCCUGAACGAGCAGGAGUUGCUGUUCAUCUCGCAGGCGGGCUUGGGGCCCCACUCCCAGCUGCCCUCCUGGAGCGGUGUCCCUGAUGUUGGUCAGGUCAGUGAUAUACUCUUAUGGAUCCUCAAGCAGCACGGCCGCACUGACCUGGAGUCUGAGGCUGAUCUCACCCGCAUCCACUUCCACACCCUUGCCUACCACAUCUUGGCCACAGUUGACGGCUUCUGGGCCAACCAGGUGUCUGCCGUGUCUGCUGGCGCCAGGGUGGCUGGGUGCCAGGCCUGCGGCACACAGAAGAUCGACGUGAACAGAGUGGUCCUCAAAGCCCCCUUGGAGUUCCACACCUCCCGGGACGAGCCAGGACAGACUAUGACUUUAAAUCCAUCUGAGCCUGUGGUAGUGUGGCACAGAGAAAAUGUCUCCUUUUACUUCACGCCUGUUUUAGUUUGUAAAAACCCACUUCGGACAGUUGGGCUGGGGGAUGCCAUUUCAGCAGAGGGACUGUUGUACUCUGAAAUGGCUGAGCAGUAACUGACUCUGCUGGAAUGGAAAUACUAAGUGCAGACUGUCUUAUUCAGUACCAUGACAAUCUGACAAUCAGAUAGCGUAAGGUUUCCCUACUUAAUUGAAAUAAUCUUGAGGGGUUUUGUCUUUUUUGUGCUAAAUGUGUACAGUACCUAUAGUCAGAAGCAACAAUAAGAGAGUUUUGUACUUGGUAUGUAUUCCAACAAACAAGUGGAAGGAGAGAGUGCAUCUGGGAUCAAUGCAAACGGGCUUAAGAAAUAAAUGUCCUGCCUUUCUCUUUUUUUUUCAUUUAUUUCAAAAGUCAAAUUGUAAUUUGAUCUUGCUAUGCAGUUACUGGCCAGAGGCAAUCCACGUUCUUCUAAUAUACAAUCAAAAAAAAAAAAAACUUUACAAAAGUAACUGAUGCACACACUAAAUAUUAAAUUACGUAACGGCCCUUUGUCAAAAUUGAGUUUGACACCCCAGCAUUAAAAAGACUAACUUUAGCAAAGAAAAUAUGAAUCCGAAAAAAAUAAAUAGAAAUGUCAAAACAGUCAUUUAUCAGACCCAGAUUUAACAUGCAAAACCUCCGAUCAGGUGCUUCCAAAUUAUGCAACUGCUGCAGUUUUUGUUGGUUAGUAAGAUACAGGCAGUCCUCGCACUUAGGACACAAUUGGUUCCUGGAAGUCGCGUUGUAAGUUGAAGCGUCGUAAGUCAAAGCACAUUUUCACAUUGGAACAAUAUUAUAAAUUGGGAUUCUGUUCCUGACUCUUCGGACAGAUAAUACAGUUUUACAAAAAUGACCCGUUAUAUUGUACUCGUGCAAAUAUUUAUUUUAAUCUUUACACUCAACCCGGUGGUUAUGCUCAUAUUACUCAGACACCUACCGGGCUUGUUUAAACAUACAGACUUGGGGCUUUCCAAUGACGUAUUCAGAGUGUCUAUGUGGUACUCCUAGCAGGAAAUACGAUUACCUGAAGUUAAG